AUAAAGAUUCCAGUAGGCACAAGCCACAAAGGCAGAAUCAUCUCACUCUGUAAGAUACACAGAGAGGCGGAGAGCUUGUAAUAAAAAUAAAAAGCUUACUCUCCGUAAUUUCUUGCAAUUCAUGGCGGCCACAGCCCGAGCCUUCAUUCUAUCUCGCCUCACCGACCUCUCUCUCAAGCCUUGCCAACCACCGCCCCCGAUUUCCCGCCACCUUCUCGUCCGCCCUCUGCUCCCCUCCUUCCGACGGCGUCGUUUAGCUACCAGCUCUUCUCCCGCCGUCAGAUGCCUCAUAUCGGGCGUAGACGGCGGCGGCGUCUCGGACGAGUUCGUUUCGACUCGGAAGUCCGGGUUCGACCGCGGCUUCUCCGUCAUCGCCAACAUGCUGAAGCGGAUUGAGCCUCUCGACACCUCCGUUAUCUCCAAGGGCGUUUCGGAUUCCGCCAAGGACUCCAUGAAGCAGACGAUUUCUACUAUGCUGGGGUUACUCCCGUCCGAUCAGUUCUCCGUCACUGUUAGGGUUUGCAAAGCCCCUCUCGAUCGCCUCCUCGCCUCUUCCAUAAUCACCGGGUACACGCUGUGGAACGCCGAGUAUCGGAUAUCGUUGAUGAGAAAUUUCGACAUUUCUUCGGAAAAUUCUAUGCCGUCGGAUCGGUCGAAGAUUGGUGGGGCAUCGGAGAUGGCAGAGAGUGUGGAAAUCCAUAGUAUAAAUGGCGUUGGGAUGAGUAGCGAACUCUUGGAUUCAACAGCUCCUCAAGUUUUUGGGGAUUUGUCUCCGGAGGCUUUGAAUUAUAUCCAGAGGUUGCAAUCGGAGUUGACCAAUGUGAAGGAGGAACUGAGAGCUCGAAAGCAGGAAAAUGUGCAAUUAGAAUAUGACAGAGGACAUAGGAAUGAUUUGUUGGAUUAUCUACGGUCCUUAGAUUCAAAUAUGGUGACUGAACUAUCUCGGCCAUCAUCAUUAGAGGUAGAGGAAAUUAUACACCAGCUUGUCCAAAAUAUAUUGCAGAGAUUCUUUAAAGAUGGGACUUCCUCAGAAUUUGUGGAAGAUUCUGUCCCAGCGAAUAUAGAGAAUGACCUAGAUGCUGAUGGCGAACUAUGUGAUACCGUAGGAACUUCACGAGAUUACCUAGCGAAGCUGCUUUUCUGGUGCAUGUUAUUAGGACAUCAUUUAAGAGGCUUGGAGAACAGAUUACAUUUGAGUUGUGUUGUUGGAUUAUUGUGAAGAGAGUAAAGUGGGAGGCGUGUACAUUCUUCAUGUUCAUCUAUGUCAACCUUUCUAUAUCAACUUUUUUGGUUUUUUAUGUUCAUCUGUAUAAUUAUUCUUCAUUCAAAUGAAAGCUUUUUAUGGAAUACCAAAUUAGUUCUCGCUUCA